AUGGCCAAGAAAGCAGCCACCAAGAGCAAGCAUUCUCUACUUCUAAGUCUUUUAAUUCUACUGAGCUGUGGAUACACCAAGCUGCUGCCUGGUACACACUUUCUUAGUUGCAACAUGGUCAUCAAGGCAAAAAGUCUCUCGAGUGAAGGACAGUGCUCAAUGGAUGGAAUAAUUUUCCUUCAUUUUAAUGACACAAAGAAGACCACAUCUUUGCAUAAUCUGGGGAAGAUGGCAAAUGCCACUGAAAUGAGGACAUGUUUGACCCAAUGGCUGGAGCAGUUGGGCCAGAAGUUAAGGGACAAGGUGAACACUCCCAGCGGUUACUCCACUUUACAGGUCACCAUGGUUUCUCAAUGCAGCCAAGGGCAAAUCAUUGGUGCCUGCUGGCUAUUCAACAUCAGUGGAAAUUACUCCUUCAUCUUUAACACAAUGACUAUGACCUGGAUGCCAACUAAUUCUGUACCAGAGAAUAACAUGGAUGAAUGGAGAGAUGAUGUGGGACUUAAAAAACAUCUGAAUUUCUCCAUAGCAGAAUGCAGUCAGAAAUUCAAUGAAUUCUUAAAGCAGCACAAGGAAAAGCCAAGAUCUACAUCCCAUUUCCCCGAUACCACCCAGCUGACAUCAACUACCCAGCUUACAUCAACUACCCAGCUUACAUCAACUACCCAGCUUACAUCAACUACCCAGCUUACAUCGACUACCCAGCUUACAUCAACUACCCAGCUUACAUCAAAUACCCAGCUUACAUCAACUACCCAGCUUACAUCAACUACCCAGCUUCCACCUACCAGCCAAUUUCCUUAUAAGGAAGUAUUUAUCCCUGUGGGAAUCAUCUUCAUAGUCUGUAUUAUUUGCAUUUGUAUACAUGUGAAGAGGAAAUCUUGUACCCAAGGAGACAGAAAUCUUCAGCUGCUCAUGAACUACUGCAUCAACUGCCACAAGUCACAGAAGAAUGAGGGACCAGAGGAGACAAGAAGAGAGGUUCCCAAGCACGCCACCAAAAUGUUGUCCCAGGAGGAAGAGCCCAAGGCAUGCAGUUUUCUUUCCCUCAGCCAUAAGCAGCCCCCUCUCCUGAUACAAGGCCCCACAGAUAUGCAAAGUGGCAAAGGCAUAUCUGCCAUUAGUAUAAACAUUGACUUGAUUGUCCCUGCCCAGGUUGAGGAUACAUACUCUAUCUGGUUCAACUUCACUGUCAAAGAUCGUUCUUCACACUGGUAUGAAGGACAGUGUUCAGUGAAUGGAAUACCCUUCCUUCAGUAUAGUGAUAAGGAGGCAAAGCCUUUGGGCAACCUGGGAAAGGAGGUAAAUGCCACCAAAGCAUGGGAAGGGCUGACAAAAAGCAUAAAAGACAUUGGAGAAGAGUUCAAGAAUCAUCUACUUAACAUGGAACCAGGGCCAGUCAAGACCAGAGGUAAUCACAUCUUACAGGGCACCAUGGUAUAUCAACAUAAACAAGAAAGAUUCAAUGAUCCCUCCUGGGACUUCACCAUUGAUGGACAAUAUUCCUCCCACUUUUAUCCAACAAAGAAGACAUGGAAAGUAACCAAACCUGAAGCCAGCAGUGCCAUAAAGGCAUUGGAGACUAAUACUGAACUAGAAAAACAGCUCUAUAAGUUCUCCAUGGGAGAUUUCAAUUGCAAUAUCAAUAUAUUCUUACAAGUAUGGAAGAAAAUGCCAAGAUCAGCAAUAAAGGCUCUGGAUAUCAUCCAGCUUACAUCUGCCAACGAGACUUCACCGACAAUGAAUAGCACUCAUCCUACAGCUGACAGUCAGCAUUCAAAUGCCACCUGGAGUCUAUGG